AAUGGGCAGGGAUUUAGCUGAAAUGAAAGUGGAAGCAAAGAGCCUGCAGGCAGAACCGUCUGAAGUGCUUUUCAGGCUCUGCUGGGGGAGAUCAAGCUCAGAAGGUAGAAUCAAGAGUUCAGUCGGGUGGAUUCUGCCACUUUGUUUCCAGUUCUGAAGACUCGGCUCUUGCCAACCAGAUCCCAGACCUAUGUCAGUGACUCAAGAUGCCGCACUCUUCAGAGGGAACCUAUUCCACACCCUUCUGGAGGAGCAGGCUGUACUAAAGAUGAGGCUGCAAGAACUGCAGCAGCUGAAAAGGGAGCUCAGGAACUCCCCCCAAGUAGAGGUCCCAUUUCCAGUGCCUGAAGUCCCUGUAGUGUUCCGAGGACACACUCAGCAGAGCAUGGAAAUGCCCAAGUCUUUGGUUUCCAACCUGCAGAUCUGUUACCCUCUACCCGGAGGCUCUGCUCUAAUCACCUUUGAUGACCCCAAAGUGGCCAAGCAGGUGCUACAACAAAAGGAGCAUGAGAUUGACAUGGAAGAGUGCCGGCUGCGGGUGCAGGUCCAACCCUUGGAGCUACCUGUAGUGACAACCAUCCAGGUGUCCAGCCAAAUGAGUAGCCACAGAGUGCUGGUCAGUGGGUUUCCUGCUGGGCUAAAGCUGAGUGAGGAGGAGCUGCUGGACAAGCUGGAGAUCUUCUUUGGCAAGAGCAAGAAUGGGGGUGGUGAUGUGGAGACACGGGAGCUGCUGCAUGGGGGUGUCAUGCUGGGCUUUGCUAAGGAUGAAGUGGCCCAGAACCUGUGCCGGAUUGGCCAGUUCACAGUGCCAUUGGGUGGACAGCAGUUCCCUCUGAAAGUCUCUCCCUAUAUGAGCGGAGAGAUUCAGAAGGCAGAGAUCAAGUCCCAGCCAGUGCCCCAGUCAGUGCUGGUGCUCAAUAUUCCCGAUGUCCUGGAUGGCCCGGAGCUGCAGGAUGUCCUGCAGAUCCACUUCCAGAAGCCCACCCGUGGGGGAGGGGAGGUGGAGGCCCUGACAGUCGUGCCGCCAGGAAAGCGAGGCCUGGCGGUCUUCACCACCCAGUCGAGCUAGGAGCCUGUCUCAUCACCCUCCACCUCUCUGCCAAGGUUCUCAAAGUGGGCUGGGGUUGGGUGCAUGCGGAUGAGCGACAUCAUGGUAGUCAACAGAGGGCAGGCCUCUGACUUGUGAAACACUGCCCCAGAACAGUAAAAGUGCCUGCAUGGCGUGAUCUUCUUCCUCA